AUGGCUUCAGAAACCUCACCAGCUACGGCCACUGCGCCGGACGUGGCCAAGGCUGCUGGUAGCGCAACCGGAGGAGGCGACAAUGCUGAUGCUGCUACCGAUACGGCUGCUCAGGACACGGCAUCGUCAGUCGACGAUCAGGUGUUGGAGAAGCCGGCACCGACACCGACGAAGAAGCAGAAGCUCAAGAAUCACUGCGCCAAGUUCUGGUGGGUGCACGUCUUGGUUGUUCUGGUGCUGUUGAUCAUCCUGCUACCGAUCCUCUUCACCGUCAUCAUCCCUGCCAUUGUCCAGGAUGUGGUGAAUGACCAGAAGCUGCCGGUGUACGACGGGAGGUUGCGGGCUCUGUCAUCAAAGUCCAUCAACAUCACGCUCGACACGAUGCUCAACACGCCGCUCGAGGUAGACGUGGGACCGAUGCAGAUGACGCUCGCCAGCAACGAGGAGGAGAAGGCGCCGGCGUUCCUCAGCCUGGCAUUCCCCAAAUCCAGGGUUCUGCACAAGACGAACCUGACGGUGCCGCCGCAGAGGAUUGACAUCCUGGACGAGGACGCGCUGGUCGGCUGGUUCACCAGGCUGUUCGACCAGGACUCGAUCGAGGUGCGGGUGGGGUCGCCCCGGUCCAAGGUCCACCUGAACGGGCUGGACUACCACCCCAAGCUGUCGCAGGUGGCGCACCUCCGGGGUCUGAACUACCUGUCGGGCUUCGCGAUCCAGGAGAUGCACUUCACGAUCCCGUCCGAGGGGGGCUACAACAUCCGGGGCAAGCUGGACCUGCCCAACCCGGGCAGCCUGGCCCUGUACCUCGGCAACGUGACCAUGAACCUGAUGGCGGGCGACGUGCAGCUGGGCCUCAUCCACGUCGACGAGCUGACGAUGGAGCGAGGCACGAACCACCCCGCCUUCUACGGCAACAUCUUCUUCGACCGCCUGCUGCCCAACAUCGCCGAGGUGCUCUCCGGCCAGGGUCAGUACCUCAAGAACGGCGAGCUGGGCCUGCACGUCUCGGGAAACACCACCGUCAUCAACGGGGAGCGCGUGAGCUUCGUCGAGCGCGUCCUCAACGCCAAGAGGAUCCCCCUCGGCAUCCCCGUCACCACCUUUGUCGGCGAGCUGCUCAAGGCCAUGACCGGCUCCGACGGCGGCACUGCCGACCUCGUCGACGUCCUCGGCGGGGCCUUUGGGAACAGGACCCUCAUCGACGACAUCAUGGAUCACUGGAAGGGCUCCAGCAGCGCCAGCAAGUUCAGCUCCAGCUCCAGCUCCGGAAGGUCCAAGAGGUCAAACCCCGUCACGAGGAGGCCCAUCGGCAGAAUGUCCCUCGUCAAGAACAUGCUCAAGUUGGGCUUGAGGACUCGCACCAAGAGUCGAUGA